GUGGAGUGACAACACGGUGAAGGAUGUGCCGCAGCUGCUGUGCAACGACGUGAAGACGGUCAAGGCUGGCGCUGCUGGUAUCGUGUGGACACAUCAGGAGGACGACGAGGUGAGACUCAAGGGCGUGCGGUGCAAUGAGCGUGGUCAUGACUUCAUCAAGCUGUUGGACACAAAAAAAAAGCCGCCCACAGUGACGCAGGUGCAGGUCAAGUGGUUUGGCGGGGACUUCGACGCCGCGAAGCGGUACAUCAUCAUGAUCGGCAAUC